UCGCUGCGUUGCGCGACCCUCCUUGGAUGCAGCUGCGUGAGGACGAAAAGGAGGAAAACACAUGGGUCUCUGUUUACAAUUUGCUGAUGGUUUUUCAAAAGAAACGUUUUGCCAGGAAUUUUGCUGAAGAAAUAAUUUAAAGCAAUUAAUUCAGGCAAUGGCCGACCCUGGCAAACCGAGCAUGGGCCUGCCGAGCCUCGGCAACGGGCUGCUGUCGUUGGGCGCGCGGGGCAAACUCGAGUCGUUCCGCACCCCACGCGACCUCACCCUGGGCGUCAAGCAGAAACGCAAAUUCGAGCCGACCCUGCCGAAGAAGGGCAAGGCCAAGACCUCCCCCGUCAAGGCGUCGACCCCCGUCAGCAGUCCCAGCAGAGAAUCUAAGAGCAAAGAGCCGCCGGCAAAAAAAGCUCGGAAACGACCGCCCAAAGACCGAGUCGCCUUCAUCCAAACGGAAGGGUCCGUGUUUGGUCAGGGCCAGGCGGAGCGGCAGUUCAAAGUGAAGGACCACUACGUCUGCUCGUCGGCCGCGAGCAGCUCAAAAAAGACUGAGGUCUCCAGACCCAUCCUCAAAAAAGAGGAACUAAUUGAAGUACAAGAGGAGUACGCGGAGGCGGCGGAGGACGAGGUGGUGCUCAAGAUGAAGCGCGCAGACUUCUUGGACAACCCCGAGGCCAAGGCGUCGUGGGGCGACUCGAAGCCGCUGCUGAUUCAGCAGAAGGUUGUGACCAAAGUGGAGAUCAAAGCGGACCCUGACGCCGAGGAGGACGUGUCACCCACCAGCUGUGCCGAACCUGAAAACCAAACUGUGUCGGGGGUCCUCGGCAGGACAAACGAACUAUUUCUAAUUCAGUUUCCAGAUUGUCUUCCGGGCAGGGUGGAAAAGCAGGAAGAAAUUAGUGAAGAACCCUCGUCCUCUGGAACUUCCAAAACAAAAAAGAGCAUACCUGCGACGUUAAGCGACCUUCCGGAGGGCCUUUUGGGCUACAUCGAAAUACUCAAGUCAGGCAAGGCGAGAUUGAAGAUGGGCAACCAUAGUAUGUGCCUUGAAAUGGCCGCCUCGAGCAACAUCAGACAAGAAAUAAUUUCCGUGGAUGUGAAUGGUGAAGACCGGAGUGGGUCAAUGUGUGACCUUGGACAGGUGAACGACCGUCUCGUGUGUGUUCCCGACUGGCACUCGGAACUGUUGGAGGCGUUUCAAAAGUGAAUGCUGUGGUGAUAAAUUUAAUAUAUUAUUAAAUCGUUGGUAUCCUUGGAAUAAGUAAAUCCA